GUAUUAAUGGUUAAUUGUUCGCCAGUUUAUUUGUAAGCAAAUUAUGGAAAUUCAAUAUUCAAUAUAAAAAUGGUAUUGCUCUAGAAAAUAUCCAAAAAUAAAUUGCACAAAGCUGUGUCGAUUCCAGUUUACGAAGUGGCCAAUGCGUACAUAUGAAUUCUUGUCCACAACUUAUUCAGGAUUAUUAUGAAGCUGCUAGAACUUCGCCAUAUAUUCAGGAUUUUCAGACAUUUGUGAGCGGUUCAAUGUGUGGUUUUGAUGGAUAUAAUUUCAUGAUUUGCUGCGCCUCCCUUAGAAGCAGUCAAAAUCCGAUAUUGCCACAAUCCAACCAAAUGAUGCGAAAUCCUGCCGCACCGCAGCAAUUGAAUACGAAUACACCAAUAUUUACAUUUUCUGCCUUAAACACAAGCCCGAGCAUACAAACACCAACGCUGGCCAUACCAACAACACCUACAUCGCCUUUAACACCUUCACUCAUACCCACGAUGAAUAUGCCAGUGAUACCAAAAGGUGCCUUAAUAAACCCUACACAACCGUCAAUUUUGCCCUCCUAUAAUCCACCAAUUAUAAGUUCCUCAACGACAGUAGCUUUGCCAACGCGUCUACCAAUGAAACGGCGUGGUGUCGGUUGUGGUUUGAGUGGCGCUUACACAAAUAAAGUUGUUGGUGGCACGGAAGUGAGAAGGGGCGCUUAUCCAUGGAUCGUCGCUUUGGGCUAUCGUGAUGAAUUCAAUGCCAACACUAUGAAGUUCCUUUGUGCAGGCAGCUUAAUAUCCGCUCGUUACGUUUUAACCUCUGGACAUUGUAUCACUCCUAUGCUGUACACAGCACGUCUCGGUGCGCAUGACCUUAGUGAUCCCAAUGAGGCUGGUGCUGUAAAUAUACCCAUCGCACGUAAAAUAAUACAUGAGCAAUAUGAUGCGCGUUUUGUAAUCAAUGAUAUUGGUUUGGUGCAACUGAGUGCACCGGCACCGGAAACAGCAUACAUUGGCCUCAUUUGCUUACCCGCCGGAGAAGUAUUCGCAAAGGAUUUUGUGGGUAAUAAUCCAUUUAUUGCUGGUUGGGGUGCAGUUAAAUUUCAAGGACCCAGUUCUAAUGUUUUGCGAGAUGUCCAGGUGCCGAUUGUGAACCAACAGACUUGUGAACAGUCAUACAAAUCUGUAUUUCAGAAUUUAGUUUUUACUGAAAAGUUCAUUUGCGCUGGCAAUUCACAUGUGGAUGCUUGCCAAGGGGAUUCCGGCGGACCGUUAAUGAUGCCAUUGCUGGAAGAUGGCGUUUAUCAUUAUUUUAUUUUGGGUCUGGUCUCGUAUGGCUAUGAAUGUGCCCGACCUGGUUUCCCAGGCGUUUACACACGUGUGACGUCUUAUAUGCCAUGGAUACUCGCUCAUAUGAAAUCAAAGCGGCAGGAAAGGGGGAGUAGAAAUAUCGUUGUAACAAUGUGUAAAUCAAAAUGCGUAAUUGCAUUAUUGCAAUUCGUUUUCACGUUGGCAACAACAAGUGCACACGGUUGGAUGGCGUUCGAAGUGCCAGCAAACAACGCUUGUCGCACCCCGCUAGGUGAUUGGGGCCAGUGCGUCUCGCUGAAAUACUGCCAAGAGGUGUUGACACUGUACGAGAAGCUGAAUGUGAACCAAGCGACGCGUUAUUCAAAAGUUUUGCGGAAUAUAUGUUACAAUCGCGUCACGCCUGAUAAUUAUCCGAUUCUUUGCUGCAGGCGCCCGACCUUUGGAGACACAAGUCAGGAUGAUAAUCAAAUUGUUCCUAUUACACCAGUGCCAACGUCAGCAAAGAGUACAACAACCACCACCACGACAACAGUUUCACCAGUCUAUAACAGCGAUGAACGUUCGGGGUCUGAUGACAUAAACUCGCCGCCGGAAACAUGCCGCGUACCACACGAUGGCAGUCAAGGCAGUUGCAAACCAUUUCAAAGUUGCGAAGUGUUACUCAGACGUGCUCAACAAAAUCCCACCGACACGGAAUUCCGCAAGCAAUUAGAGCUAUCUAAUGCUAUAUGUUAUAGCAUCGGCACGAAUAUCUGCUGCCCGAAGGUGGAGCAGCGCAAGCCGGUGACGCGUUCUAAUGGCGCCACAUGGCAUUUGCCGACGGAAGAUGAGGGUUGCGGUCUAACACGCCCAUCGUCAUUGUCUACCAAAGUUGUUGGCGGCGGUGAUAGCCAAAUGGGCGCCUGGCCGUGGAUGGCAUUGAUCGGUUAUGAUCGUUACAGUUUGUCGCCCUUUCGUUGUGGUGGUUCACUGAUAACGGCGAGGCAUGUAUUGACGGCGGCUCAUUGUAUAUUGCGCGAUUUAUCAUUCGUACGAUUGGGUGAAUACGAUUUGAGUACCGAAACGGAAACCAAACAUGUGGACAUUGAUGUGGUGAAGUCCGUGAAACAUCCUAAUUUCGGCGGUCGAGAUCGACGUUAUGAUAUAGCAAUCUUAUAUUUGGAGAAGAACGUCGAGUUCACAGCCUUUCCCGCAGAUCUUAUAUGUCCCAUUUGCCUACCCUUCUCAACGCAACUACGAAAUAAAUCAUAUGUGGGUUAUCACCCAUUUGUCGCCGGUUGGGGACGUUUGAUGGAAGGUGGACGUUCCUCGAACAUUUUACAAGAAUUACAAAUUGAGAUUAUGGAUAAUUCGGUAUGUCGACAAAGUUACGAGGCCAACAGGAGGCUUGUCUCGAGUCAACAAUUCGACGAGACGGUAGUUUGUGCAGGCGAUUUAGGUGGUGGGCGUGAUACUUGUGGCGGCGACUCGGGUGGACCGCUAAUGAUGGCGGAGCCUUAUAAAGGCAUAACACGCUUCUAUGCGCUCGGUGUGGUCUCAUAUGGCAUCGGUUGUGGUCGCAUUGGCAUACCGGGUGUGUAUACGAGCACUCGUAGCUAUAUGGAUUGGAUAUUAGAGUGCUUAGCCGAAACAUGACCGGAGAGAAAAAUAAAAGUGAUCAAAUAUCUUAUUUUAUUUUUAAUUAUUUGUUAUUUAAGAACAUCAAAAGGAAUUCUCAGAAAAGGUUCACAGUUUGUAUAAACUCAGAUUACCUCAAUUUGCAUAGAGAAAUAAAAAUAUAUAAUGAUUAUGUGCCAAUUUAAUGUGACCUACUUAAUCGU